GCGGCGGGAGCAGGCGGAACCUGCCUGUGGCGUGAAGGGAGGAGCCCGCAGCCUUGGAACCUCGGGCUGCGACGCGCCCCUAGGCUCUCGGUAGCUCGGUGGGUCCAGAACGAGGUAAAUCUGGAGCGCCGGAGACUCCGACGGGUUGUUGAGGUGCGAGAUCCGCUCGUUUCCAGUUUUGAUAGGUCAUGUACUGCUGACUUCAAAACUUAGAGGCACAUGGAAGGACCAACCGAGUCAUUCAGGAAGCUUGGAAAGCAGGAAAUAGUCUCCUGUUUUCCAGAUGUGGAAGACUGAGACCUAUGGAAAAACAGAGCUCAUCCCCAGCACCAUCUGUUGCCAAGAGCUCCAUGCAGCUGCCACAGAAUGAAGAGGACUUUGCCAGUCAUUCCUGGUACCACGGCCCCCUGUCUCGUCAGAAGGCUGAGGCCCUUCUUCAGCAAGAUGGAGACUUCUUGGUCCGCGCUUCUGGGUCCCGUGGGGGCCAUCCUGUGAUCUCCUGUCGCUGGCGGGGCUCGGUUCUGCACUUCGAAGUCCUCCUCGUGGCUCUGCGUCCCCGACCAGGCUGGCCCACCACCCUCUUUCAGCUGGAGGAUGAGCGCUUCCCAAGCCUGCCUGCCCUGAUUCGAAGCUAUAUCACUGGCCAGCGACCAUUGUCCCAGGCCACAGGAGCAGUGGCCUCCAGACCAGUGAUUCGGGAAGGGUCAAUGCGACGCAGCUUUAGCGACGAUUCCCUCCAAGAGACCCCAGCGCAGACAGAGCCCCUCAGGGCUAGGAAACGGAGUGACAGCCAGCCGGCAGGCUUGGAGCACCUAGGGCAGUCACCAGAAGAUCCCUUUGUCCCAGGAGCCUCCACCAUACUCACAUCUGUCCUGCCUCGGAUGGGUAGUGACCCCAUGUUGCUGAAGGCCCCAGCUUCUCUGGGGACCAUUGCCUACAGCCUCAGGGCCUCUGAUGAGCAGCUCCAUGCCAAAGCACCCACCAAGCCGCCUCGAACCCCAUCACUGGCAUUGUCUGACCCCCCAACGUACUGUGAGCUGGUACCUCGAGUGCCCAGUGCCCGAGGAACAUCCUCUGACCACAACUGCCCAGAGCCAGAGGCCCCGUGGUGGAAGACCUUUACCAAGGAAGAAGACAGAUGUUUACUAAGACCACAAGCUGAGCUCUCCCUGAGUCCCCCUGACAACCUCUUCUGCCUGUUGGGAACUCAGAAUCGGCCCCUGGAGCCCAAGGUCCUAGACACCCUCCGGGGCCUCUUCCUGGAGCAUCAUCCUGAGAGCACAGCCCUUCACCUGCUGUUGGUAGACUGCCAGGCCAGUGGUCUCCAGGGAGUGCCCAAGGCUCACCAGGGCCCAGUGGGGGCUGCCUCUGGGCUGGAGCUGCUCCUGCUUCCUGGUGGGCACUGCCUAAGAUUGGAACUCCUGGAAAGGCACAAGGCGCUUUCUCUGGCCGGGGCGCUGGCGGUGCUAGGCUGCACGGGAUCGCUGGAGGAGCGCACGGCUGUCCUGAGGGGCCUGGUGGAGCUGGCCCUGGCACUGCGGCCAGGGGCGGCAGGAGACCUGCCUGGGCUGGCCGCGGUCAUGGGCGCCCUACUUAUGCCCCAGGUGGCCCGCUUGGAACGCACAUGGCGCCAGCUGCGAAGAACUCACACCGAGGCGGCGCUGGCCUUCGAGCAGGAGUUGAAGCCGCUGAUGCAGGCGAUGGAUGAGGGCGCGGGCCCCUGCGACCCUGGCGAGGUGGCGCUGCCGCACGUGGCACCCGUGGUGCGACUGCUGGAGGGCGAGGAUGUCCCGGGGCCGCUGGAGCAGAGCUGUGAGCGACUGCUGAGCACCCUGCAGGGGGCGCGCCGGAUGGCCGCGGACACACCCAAGUUCCAAGCUGCCGCGGCAGGGCGCCUGCAAGGGUUCCAGCCCAACCAGCUGCUGAGGGAGGCCCUGACCACUGGCUUCCUGCGGAGACUGCUCUGGGGGAGCAGAGGGGCAGCAGCCCCUCUGGCCAUGCGACUCGAGAAGUUCCAGCGUGUCCUCAGCAUCCUGUCCCGGCGUCUGGAGGCUGACAGCUGAGAGCAUGCUCAGACCCCGGACUUCAGAGAACUCCAGCGGUCACGGAAGUAGUCCCAGGUUCAUCACAAACCAAGAGCAGAGGGGUCCUACACCCUGCCUUGUAUGAACCUACCUGCUCCCUAAAAAAUGCAUGUGAUCCAGGGCAAGACAGCCUUUUUCUCACACUUCACCCAGGUAUUUGAGGCUCUUCCCCCAAACAGCCCACACAUUAUGAACAUGUGGCUUGUAGCAGUAAGAAUACUUGCAGAUCUGUAAGAGGCCAGGGUUCAGAUAUCUUUUAAAAGCUGUGUGACCUCCUGCAGAUUGCUUGAUCUCUCUGUACCUGCUUCCAACAUUAAAGGCUACUUUGUAGGGGUUGUCCUGAGGAUUAAAGCUCAAGUUUAAAUGAGAUCAUGGGUAGAGAAUGGCUGGUAUACAGUAGGUGCUCAA